AUGGCUGCUGAGUCAUCAAACGGGCCAUUAGGCCUCCUUGGCCCUCCAAACCACCAGGUCCCACCCGCGCCUCCUCCUGCAGAACCGCUCAACGUUAUCAUUAUCGGUGCUGGAAUCGCCGGGCUAGCUUCCGCUGCUGCCCUUCGACAGGCGGGACACAAGUCACGUUUUGCCAACGAAGUCGGAGCUGCCAUUCACGUCGGCCCAAAUGCAACUCGUGCAUUGGAAUUCCUCGGAUAUGAUGCUGCUCGCCUCCGGGGCGUCAUCUGUGCUGGUAUUUCUGUACAUGAAAGCGCUUCUGCCAAACAGGUGAUAGAGAUUGACACUAGUGAUGCGAAAUCAAAGUACGGAUAUCAAUGGUAUCUCGUGCACCGAGUGGAUUUGCACAAUGAACUAAAGCUCCUGGCGCUCGCUCCCCGACAAGGCAAUCUUAUUCCUGAGCUCCAUCUUUCCUCAAAAGUCGAAAGCAUAGAUCCCGAGGCUGGGGCUGUGACCUUGCAAAAUGGGGACACCCACUAUGCCGAUCUCGUAAUUGGUGCUGAUGGGGUCUAUUCGGUAAGCAGAGAAGCGGUCUUUGGCGCCGAUAAGCCAUAUGCGGUGGGCGACUCCUGCUAUCGGUUUGUCCUAGAUUCUAAUGAGAUCUAUGACGAUCCCAAAUGCCUUGCGAUGAAACGUGGAAAUGGGUACUGUCGGAUUAUUGCUUCUCCUACCAAACGUGUGGUCAUCUACCCUUGCAGGAAUGACGAAUUACUCAACUUUGUCUGCAUCCACCCUCAGGGGACCGAGACUGACGAUACCGAUUGGCAAACUGAGUCGUCGACCGAGGAUCUGCUCGAAUCAUACAGCGAUUUUGCCCCGUCGGUCCUGGCAUGCCUGAAAAAGGCAAAGGACGUGAAGCAUUGGCAGCUCCUUCAGCGACAUCCCAUUCCAUCUUGGGUCAAGGGAAGAUUUGCACUGGUGGGGGAUGCAGCACAUCCAAUGUUGCCCCACCAAGCUCAAGGUGGUGCUCAGUCCUUGGAAGAUGCUGUCACUCUAGGCCCGCUUCUCCGAUUUGGCACGACAGCAAGUCAGGUUCCUGGGAUCCUUACGCUGUAUCAGCAAUGUCGGCACCCGCGCGCAUCUACGAUUGUUCAGAUGUCGAGGGAUCAGAAGGCAGGGGAGAGGACUAUCAGCCCACAAAUCACGAAUGAUUUCAUAUUCGCUCAUGAUGCCGCAGCGUAUGCAAAGCAUACACGUGCAUCUGUUCUUAUUAUAUGAUGUGUUCUGAACAUCGGUAUAUCAGUAGAGCAAAAUAAGAUCUACGGUCUCUUAAAGAUCCACGAGAUCCUGCUGAGAGCCAGGCCCAAAGUGCGACUGUGACUU